UCUGCUGGGCGAGUGUCUUUCUCAUCCAUCGAGUCGAGACAAGGACUGCAGCAUGGAGAUCUUCAUCGGGGAACAAGCCGCUCGUGUUGUGUGUCGACGAGGGGAUGGAUGGACUGGAGAGCUGUAGCCUGAGAACGAGCGAAAGGGCAGCAGCACGCCAGACUUCAACGACUACGACAGUUCAAGUCGCUGGCUCCCACUAGAGUGAAACAGUGCAACAAAACCUUGAGGAUCCAAAAAUAGACAAAUACAUUGAGGCACACUCCGUAUUUGGUUUUGUCUGGUGGACCGUGGUAUAAACAUUAUUGUAAUCCAUAUUAGUUUGUAGCCUCCUCAGACAAGAGAACGAACAAGAAGAAGACCUGCUGAUUGGGAGAGAAAGCCGAUCCCAACAAAAGAGGAUUCUUUAGAAGAGAGAACAUUCAUUUUUCGGACGUAGCAAGUCGUUUUGAGCCUCACACUCACUCACGUACAUCCCCCGGGAACCUUUGCUCUACACCACAGUGCACUCCACUCUGGCGUCAAGAGUCCCUCCUUACUGCGCUCAAGUACAUAGGAAAGAUCCACCUAUCAACCAUCCAUCCACCCAUCCAUCCGUCUAUCCAUCCCCGUUGGUUCGCCUGCUUCCACUGAUCCAUCCACUCGGUUACACAAAAAGGUCUCCUCUUAGUGGCAGCAGAACACUUGAAGGCUUGAAAAGAAAAUGACACUCAGCAAUGAGACAAGAAAUUCCGAAGGACAAAUGGAUCUGCCUCAUGUUCCUUCUUCGUGUUUCCCUCCUCGAGCUCAAAGUCUAAGCCGAAGAGUGGCAAGAAAUGGCCAGAAAACCAUGUAGGAGGUGAUCCCAUCCCUGUCCAAAGUGAAAGCCGUACUACCAGUGGAAAACGAUAACAUUUAAGAGUGAGCACAGCUCUCACACCUGACUUUGUGAGCAUUCCUCCAGCAAUCAUCAUGGGGCGGAAAAAGAUCCAGAUCUCUAGAAUUACGGACGAAAGAAAUCGGCAGGUGACCUUCAACAAACGGAAGUUUGGCGUGAUGAAGAAAGCUUAUGAACUGAGUGUUCUCUGUGAUUGUGAAAUCGCUUUGAUCAUCUUCAGCUCAUCGAACAAAUUGUAUCAGUAUGCCUCAACGGAUAUGGACAAGGUGCUCCUCAAGUACACGGAAUACAACGAACCACACGAGUCUCUCACCAACAAAAAUAUUAUUGAUGCCUUAAACAAGAAGGAGCACAAGGGAGGAAACCCGGGCAGUCCAGAUGGCGGUGAUUCAGAUGGCGAGAUUGAGACCACUCUUACUCCAAGGACGGAGGCCAAAUACAACAAAAUCGAUGAGGAGUUCCAAAUAAUGAUGCAUCGGAACCAUAUCAACGGGAAUCGGACGCUUGCGAACCAAAACUUUUCUAUGCCUGUCAGUGUGCCUGUCAAUGCUCAACAAUUUGCUGCCGUGGCUGCAGCAGCCUCUACCGCCUCUUCCAAUGGACCGAGUAGUGCCAACAAUUCGGAAAAUACUGGACACCCAUCGGCAGCCACCACACCCACACUCCAAUUACUCAGUCCACACCCAUCCGCCUCCACGAGCCCACGGCCCAGUUCGGGGAAUGGUCUCUUGGAUAUCCCUGCAACCCAAAAUGGUUUCCAUCCAAAUCAUCCAGGCCAAUCCCCUUCUCCCAUACCUCAGUCGCCCUCAUCGGGGCUUUUGCAACAACAAUCACAACCACAACAACAGCAACAGCAACAUCAACGACGACAGGAAGCCCAAGUUUCUCCGAAUAACCACGGGAGUGCUUUGAAGAAGGAUUUGGUUCCUCUCAACUCGUCGCCGAAUCAUGUGAGAGCAAACUUAAGGGUGGUAAUUCCCAUAACAAGCGGCCUUUUGUUAGACUCGCAACUUCCCCAAGAGACCAGCAACGGCCACAACAAGGGGGGGCGAAGUGAAGCCAAUCUGGUCAAUUAUGCCUUUUCUGGCCAAGACCUCUCGACUCUCUCUGGUGAUCUCAAUCUCAAUUCGCUUCAACAACAAUGGAACAAUGGCCAUCACGGGAAUAAUAAUCUCAACAAUUCACUCAGUGUGCAAACCACCUCUGUGGCCAUGAACCACAUAAUACCUCAGCUUAGUAUAUCUACGAGCUCUCCCACUCAUCAAUCCGAGGGUCUUCUUUGCGUGAAAGCUGAACCCAUGUCACCUCGCCCUGAUCACAUGCACCACAGUAGUCAACCACGCCCCUCUAGCGCCCACUCUAUAACCAGUGGCACGCCCAUACACCAUCAAGGUCUGUUGUCACCCAGGCAUAAUUUAGGAGGAUCAGGUCACACAAGUCCAGUUCAUCCUUCGGCACGCCUGUCUCCUUUAUCAUCUCAGUCUCAACAACACGGCCAUCAUAGUCCUAGUGAUUUGCAACAACUUCAGCAACAACAGCAUCUUCAUCAUCAGCAACAACAACAACAGCAUCAACAACACCAUCAUCACCAUCAGCAACAACACCAGUCACACCAACAACAUUCACCCCUGAUGGUGCAACACCAUUCUCCCAUUCACCAAGUGAACUACGGAGGCCACUCUCCAUUGCAUAAACGACAGAGAUUGGACAACAAUUGGGGAGGAUCGUGAAGCCUUUCGGGUGAAUGAUGGUUCUCUCGUACGAGAAGUACAUGUAUGCAAGUUGUCAACAUCUCCUCCGUUCCCGUUUCUGAGACUGGCACGUGAUGGAUCUCUGGCAAUGAGAUAGAAUGCCAAGAACAGUCCAAGAUAAUCGGAGAGCACCUCAACGACGUACCCUUCAAGUGAUUCAACUAGUCAACUGUAGAAGCGAGCAAGAGCAAUGUGAUGAUUAGAGGCUGUAUGUGGAGAGCGAUUUGUCUCACUCUGAACUCUCUCCAAGCGUGGUCGGCUGACUUGCUAAAAAGACAGUGAAUGUGAAGACAGGAGACCUCUUAAUUUGGCCUUUGAGGUGGAAGAGUGUUGAUCAAUUCAGUGUUAGAUAUUGGUGUUCACCAGUACGUCCCGCACAAUCCUUGUAAUUUCAUAUCUAAAAUAACUCGUUUCCAACCUUCGCUGCCUGUUUUUGCCGUCUCUCCAGGGUUGAACGACUCCAUUAUCACUAUAUUUUUGACCUUAACUUAUUCAUCCCCAUCUACUUGAAUAGCGUUUUUUGAACCAACAUGGUUUAUGUCACUACCUUCUUUUUUAGGUUCCAAUCCCUUGUUGAAUUUAAUACUCCUUGUUUUUAACCUGACUGGCUACUCAAAAGUGGCAUUUUCUUAAUUGCAUCCUUCUUUGUAAGAGACUCUGAGCAUUUUGGCACAAGAAAUGCCCUUCUGGAGGCCCAGAUAUCAACCUAUCUAUUCGUUUGUCUGUCGCUUUAAGCAAGAUCUCACCC